GCAGACGCCCCGACCCGGCCCGUGUCCUCAUGGACCGCUCGGGCGAAUUCCAGAAGUGGAAGGCGCAGAGCCUGAGCAAGGCGGACCUGAGCCGGAAGGGCAGUGUGGACGAAGACGUGGUGGAGCUCGUGCGGCUCCUGAACGGCCGGGAGCAGUUCUUCACCACAAGCUCCUGCUCCGGCCGCAUCUUGCUGCUGGACGGGGGCAUCGAUGGCUGCGAAAUCCAGAAGCAGAACUGUUCCUGGCUGCUGGUGACCCACCGACUUUGUGCUAAGGAUGAUGUGCUCUCAGCUCUGAAGAAAGCCCGAGGGGACGCCGUGCUGAAAUUCGAGCCCUUUGUCCUUCAUGUGCAGUGCCGGCAGCUGCAGGAUGCCCAAGUUCUGCACUCGGCGGCCGUGGACUCUGGAUUCAGGAACUCCGGCAUUACCGUUGGAAAAAGAGGCAAGACUAUGCUGGCUGUCCGGAGUACGCAUGGCCUUGAAGUUCCAUUGAGCAGCGAGGGAAGACUGAUGGUGACUGAGGAAUAUAUCGAUUUCUUGUUGAAAGUAGCCAAUCAGAAAAUGGAAGAGAACAAGAAGAGAGUCGACAGUAACCAUGGGCUGGCCGCGGGAUGAUUCAGCCCCUCUUACUCAGUCUGCCCUUGUGGCCAGCAGACAAGAAGCUGCUUGGGUCUCGGGAGGAAGGCUUUGGCCUUGGGACAGGAUGAGACUGAGUGAUCCAGGUGAGCACUGAUGCGCUCCAGAGUCAGCUGAGCUCGCUGCUGCCAGAUGGGUCAGCGCAACACGUCGGUUCAGGAGCCCACGAUGAGAGAAGAUUCUCUGCUGUUGCCGGUGUCUUGAGUGUGGACUUUGUGUAGGUCCUCCUGCUGGUGACUGCUUUCACUUCACCAGUUAUCCCCAGGUGACAGGCGGCUUUCUGGCCUUGGCCUAAUGCAGACUUCCUCUCCAUGGGCCAAUCGAGGUUGGCUACGUGCUGAGGAAGGUAAUCGAGCCCUCUUCACCAGUUAGAAAAUCAAACUCUGCUUUAGACCAUGUGCUAGAAAUAAUUUAAAAAGUUUUAAAAUUAUAAAUGCUAUUAAGAGCUUUGCUCAUCAUAUGACACCAGUAGAAAAAAUUAGAGAAACGUAAAGAACGCUUUAAGGUACUGAUUAGAAGAUUACAUAUGAAUUCUGAAAGUGUGAACAAAUUAGUAGAGCUCUCUUAGGAUCUGCUAUGCAUUCUGCCAAAUGCAAAGAAAAAAUAGCUCUUCAAGAGUAAAAAAUAAAAACUUGAUGAGGGCUGUAAUCAGACAUUCGGUGCUAAAAUGUAGCACCGCGAGUUGAGCAUUCAGAUGUGCAUAAUAAAAAAAAAAUUAAAAUAAUGAAGGCAAAAACCUAAUGAAGAAAAUCUGAUUUAAACACCAAGAAAUUCUUGGAGGCCCAGAAAUAGAAGGCUUAGAGGAAUAAAAGAAAGGCUCGAGACUUUGAAUGGUGGGGAGGGGGAAAGCUUUAUUGUGAACGUGCCAAUGUAAGAGAAUGAAGAAACUACAUAAAUGUGUUCAUUACUAAAAUGAUUUCAUGACUCAUCUCAAUGUAGGCUUGUAGGAGCUUAGGCCGAGAUGUGGAGGGGGCUAAAGUUGGCAUAUGGUCCAAUCUGGUUCCCUUUUAGAGAUAAAGGAACUGGGGCUUGCCCACGAUGCCACAGGUUGUAAGGGGCAGAGGCCGGAUUGGAACCCACAGGGUUCUCUGACUCCAGGUGCGGGGCGCUCUGCACUAAGCCAUACUGCCUUUGGUGGGAUUUAUAAACGUGAUUGAAAUGAGAAAGGAAAGGCUCCUUUUGUGACCUCUGAAGAACGCCACGCUUGGAGCAUUGAAACAGCCACUUGGAACGAAGACUGACUUCACAUUGCGGCCUUUUAGACCUCGUUUUAAAAAGAAACGUGCUGCCUGGAUCUAAUAGAGAGCCACCGGGGCACCGUAAAGAUGAUUAGAGGAGCAAACAAACGACUGCUGCCCCUGACCCCCAGCCGCCUCCAGGCCCAUGGAGCAUCUUUCUCUCUUUCACCCGUUCUUCUUGGACCUCGGACCCCUCUUCCCUCCUCAUCUCCUCUGGGAUCCCGUCAAAGAGAGUCCUUGAUCCCUGGCCCCCAGGCCCGGCGGCGAUGCGAGAGUAGUGCUUACGCUCUCAUCAAGACUGAUUCAGUAUUCUCCAGAGUGGGAAAGAGAUGACCUUUUUGUGUCCUUGGGUAAUGUGGAAAAAAUUAUCUUGGCCUGCGGGAAUUUGCAUACUCCUUCCUAAGGAGAACAAAGAGGUAAAUGGUGCUGGAGAGGGGGAGUCCUGUCCUUCAUCCUUUUACUUUUUCUCUCAUGAUACAGUGUGGUACAGCUGCAUCCUUCUCACGUAUACAGUACACAAAGCUACGCCAUGAGCCCAGGCGUCUGAUAUUAGUGCGGAUCUAAAAUGGAACCCACGAUUUACACCCAUUUGUUCAUGCCCCCAUUUCAGAAGCUAAGACGCUGUUACAGUGCAGCCCUGCUCUGUCGCGGAUGCCAGCUUCCCUUCACAAAGACGAGUCCUUCCCCAGCCUGGCCAUCACACCCCCUCGCACCCAGCUGAGCCCGAGGAUGCCCCGAAAGCCUCUUGCUGCCCAAAGCCGGCCUCGGGGCUCCUGGCUUCAUUCCAGCCACCAGCUCCCGUUGGGGAAGCAGGCCUGCGGGGGACGAGUGGGAAAGCAUCAUUGCCAGCCUGUGUUUGGGCUUCGCUUCCGUCGCACAAGCGGUUUGCCCCUAGGAGGACUUUGAGGAGGACCGGAAGGCAGGAGAGACGGGCUCCGUGAGAGCCGAGCAUCCUUCCUCCUUGAGGACCGCUCGUGUGAACGGCUUCUGUCUUUGCCUUCCAGCUGGGGAGCUUUUCUGCUGCACUUUCCCGUUGAUUCUAGGUCUGCCCCCCCCCCCCCAGCGCGCACACUUUAAGCCCUUUAAGGAGAAGAUUAAUGUCAAUUACAUGUCACCUCUUAAUUGCAUUUAUCCCAGGUGAUUGACGAGAGAGUUUGCAGAGCGUUCAUCCUCUCUGGGUGGGUCUUGAUAGAAAGCAUUUGUAAGCGUCUCAUACAGCUUUCAUUAUCUAGGGAUGGGCAAUAAUAUUUAAUACAGGUAAUCCAAAAACAUGGCGCCCUUUCAGGUUGUGAUUCUAGGCUUGCUUUCUGUUUGAUUUCUCCUGAGCCACUUUCAAAGUUCAGAGGGUGUGGCCAACCACAUGGAAAUGAUGGACGUGCUCUUGCCCAAAGGAGAUCUCUGAGUAACAGGCCCUGACGUUGGGCAGGUGACCUCUGUGGUGAUUCUGUGGUGUGAGAUGAACAGAAGAGACAGCUGCCUCUGAGACAGCAUGGUACCUGUGCCCUAGUGACGGUGCAUACCUGAGAAAUGUCGAGUGCUCAGCGUUUAUGUUUGUCCAGUCCCAGCAACAUAGCCCAAUCUUUGUCAGCUGCCAGCAUAUCUUUUAUUUGUUACUCUUCCUGACCAUCCCGACAUACAAGGCUGAUGAGG